UCCACUGAAUCACUCACGUUUUGUACUUGGGAGCUCUCUCAGCUUCUGAGCUCACUCCUUCACUCCCCUCAGCUACCUCAUUUUCCCAUUCACUAAAACAAAUUUAAAAUGAACACGGCGGUUCACUCCAAUGUCGCCAUCUUGGUGUUGGUGGUUCUGUUCGCGGCGGAUCCGGCAGCGGCGUGGAGGCCGUGGCCGCAGAACGCGAACAGAAUGAACGUCUCCGAUUACGCAUUCGGCGACUCAAAGAAGUACGAAGGUUCAUCGGAGUUCGUGAAGCUCCGGUACCACAUGGGCCCCGUCCUCACCACCAACAUCACGGUGCACACAAUCUGGUACGGCCGCUGGGAGCGCAACCAGAAGAAGAUCAUCCGCGAGUUCAUCAACUCGAUCUCCGCCGUGAACUCCCCUCGCCCCUCCGUGGCGGCGUGGUGGCGCACCGUCCAGCUCUACACGGACCAAACCGGCGCCAACAUCUCAAAAACCGUCCGGCUCGGCCAGGAGAAGAACGAUCGGUUCUACUCCCAUGGCAAGUCCCUGACGCGGCUGUCGAUCCAGUCCGUCAUCAAGAGCGCCAUAACCGCCAGAACUAAACCGUUACCGAUCAAUCCUCGCAGCGGACUGUACCUCCUCCUAACCGCGGAUGACGUUUACGUUCAAGAUUUCUGCACGUCAGUGUGCGGUUUCCACUACUUCACUUUCCCCUCUUUGGUUGGUUACACGCUUCCAUAUGCUUGGGUUGGAAACUCCGAGAAGCUCUGCCCCGGGCAGUGUGCCUACCCGUUCGCCGUGCCCGCCUACAUUCCCAACAUGAAACCGUUUAAGUCCCCGAAUGGCGACGUUGGAGUUGACGGAAUGAUCAGCGUGAUCGGACAUGAGAUGGCGGAGCUUGCAACGAACCCGUUAGCUAAUGCUUGGUACGCGGGUCAGGACCCGACGUUCCCCGUUGAGAUUGCGGAUCUCUGCGAGGGGAUCUACGGUACUGGAGGGGGAGGAUCUUACACGGGUCAGGUAUUGGACGCUCACGAUGGUGCCACGUAUAACAUGAAUGGCAUCAGGCGUAAGUAUCUGGUUCAGUGGGUGUGGAGCCACGUUCUGAAUUACUGUACUGGCCCUAAUGCUCUUGAUCACUGAUUCAAAAGUAUAAAUUCUAAACAACAGAACAAAACCGUGAUCAUCUCGAUCUAAUUGAAUCCUCUUCCUCUCUUUGGAUGUAUGUAGAAUGAGAUUAUCUUUUCUUCCUUUUUGGGUUUCUUUUUUAAUUUUGGGGUUUAAUGAAAUUAUUAUUGCUGUUAUGAGGUCAGGUUUUAAUUUUUGUUUGCAGGAUUGUGGGCUUGUGUGGGGGGAGCUUGGUAAUUUAGUUAAGGUAGUUAAGUUUGUUCAUUAAUGCAAAUAAUGUAAUUUUAUUACUUUUUAAUUAUAAUUAUAUGACCAUGAUGGAUGAGGGUCUUUGACCCUUAACUAUCUCUUCCAAAUACGAUAUUCAUUGAACGAUGAGAAUGGAUCGAGCUUGUUUGGGAGGAUCA